GAAAGAGAGAGAAAGAGAGAGAGAGAGAGAGAGGAGGAGGAGUUAUCGUAGUAACACCGGCACCGUCUCCUCUCUCGUGGCUUCGUGCUUGUCUCGGAAUUAGUGAGUAGACAGAAUUAUGUCCGUGAGGAAGGCGGCACAACGUCUCAGUCGAGUUUUACAGCUCGACGAGUGCACACGCACAUAAGUCAUUCUGCUGAGAAAAUAGAAAAAGGAUAGUAAAAGAGAAGGUAGAAGAAGAAGAAGAAGAAUAAGAAGAAAAAAAAGAGAGAAAGUCAUUUUGGCAAUAUUCCCUAACUCGUAGGAACAUCACGAGCCUAUUUGCCUUCAUUGAAUUGGGGUUUGGUUUUUAAAUUUUUUUUCUGUUUUUUUUUCUUUUCUGUUUUUUUUUUCUCACGCGACUUAGAAACUUUGCUAACGUUCGAGAGUAAGAGUGAAAAUAAAAAAAGAAUCAACGCGACUUCGAAUUGUCAACUUGUGGACCUUCUACUACUACUAUCGUACAACCAUCAGUUUUGCUAACCGUUUGCGUACCAGAACAACGAGUGUUUUACUCUUUCACCUGGUGCUCCCAAAGUUCUCGGUACGAGCUCGCUCGCGUGCGCGCGCUUUUAAUCUACACGCGCAUGCACUUACGCACACUUUCUCGAUCGAGAUCGAUUAAGAAUACUCUUCUAAAUUUAAGAGUAAUCAGAGAGAGAGAGAGAGAGAGUAAGAGAGAAAAUUAUAAAUAGAGAAGAUGCUCUUUGAAUCAUUGCCGAGUUGUUGACGAGAUAGGGUACAACUACGUCUAUCUAAUUUGAGAUUUUGCAAAUAAUUCAAGAGAUUCAGUUAAUAUUUGGACAAGAUGAUAUCGAAGUGGGUAUUCGUUUUGUUUUUGGUGAUGAAUAUCGUUGUUAGUGGUUUGUCUCGUAGGAACCCACAUCAUCAUAUUCGUCGUCAUACAUCUAAUAUCAAUAGCAAUAGUAAAGAUCAUUCCAAUGAACAAAUUACCAAUCGUUUAUAUACGAAUAACGAUGAUGAAUCAAUCGGUAUCGGUGAAAAGGCUAGAGAAAUAAUGAAAACCGAAGAAGCUAAAGUUUCCGUACCGUUCAACGAACGUAAGCUUGAGAAAAUGUUGGAAAAAGCUAUAAUAAAAAUAAUCAUGGGUGAUCUUACCAAUGCCGAUAUGAAUUUGUUGAAAAGUUUGAAUUAUUCUUUAACAGAGAUUCUAACGAUUCGUAAUAACGAACUAGCCAAACAGGAAGAGAAAAAACGUUUGGAAAUAAUCCAGAUGGAAAAAAUAAAAUCGAAGAGUAAACAUUACGAAAAGAAGAAGAGGGAAAAAUUUGAAAAAAAAUCUACCGACAACGAGGAUUUUGAUUUUGAUGCGUUCAAUAGACAAGCUCUGCUUGAUUACGAAAAUCUUCCUACUGAAAUGGAACUUCAACAGACACGAUCCGAUGAUACUGGUGAUAACGAUUACAAUGACCAGAUGUCAAAGGAAAAGAACACCGAAGAUAAGAACAAUUCUCCUGACAAUUUUCAUCGUCAUUUUGACAAGGCAAUGGAACCGCACGUGGUAUUCAAGAUACGUUACGACGAUUCCGAAUUCGAUUCUUCCAGUUCCGAGGAAAAAUCAAAUGCAGUAAAAAAACAGCCGACUAAUCGUGACUUCUCCAAUACGAAAGUAGAAGAUUCACUUACAAAUACUGCUAAUUCCUUUCCCCCUUUUACCUCCGAUCCUCCUCUUCCACUUCCUCUUCGUUCUUCUUCAUUUUCUUCAUUAUCUCCUCCUUCCUCUACUUCUUUACCCGUGAUAUCUAAGAAUUUUCAUAUAAUCGAUGAUCGAUUACGCGAUUUGACCAAUAAUGUGGAGAUUCUAGAAACUCAUUUGGACGAUUCUGUCAACCUAAAUAAUGUUAAUUUAUCGAAAAAUUCUAGUGACAACGUAGAUGAUAAUGUCACAAACGAUUCGGAAUUAAAAAAAGAAGAUUCUACAACGGGCAAAAUCGACAACGGGGGAUCAGAUGCUUCGAAAUCUUCGGUCAAACGUAUUAGCGAAUACGAAGGUUUGGAAUGGGUCGAAGACGACGUUUAUCGAGUAAUACCAUCCUUGGCGAAUAAUCUUGGAGAUUAUGAAAACGUGGAAGACAACGAAUCGUCGUUGAAUUAUGACGACGAAAUUCUUUCGUUUUACGCACAAAAUACAACCCAUUGCAAAAAAAACGAAAGGGAAAACGACAACGACACCGCCGAAUAUCAAAACGACAAUCCUGAAACAAUCAAACUCGUAAUGGCUAAUACCAAUUUAACAUCCGUGGAGAAUCAAUCGUUUGGGUCUUAUCAGCAAAUGCUUCAAGCUCAUCGAAAAGAAGGAAACCUAACAUCAACCUUCGACAGUCAAGGGCAGAAAGCGAUCGAAGAUAUAAAAUCAAGAGUAUUGGCACUAACGGGAAGAUUCAAUCUAAGUUCGAACGCGAAUACGGUUCAACGUGAAAAACUGACUAUGUUUCCACCUACUUGUCGAUUACCGCGUAAUACGGAUGAGGAAGCUUGGUCGGACCCGUUCUUAAUGAACAUGCACUUUCGAUUAAAUCUGACGUGGGACGAGCACGUGAUCGCUGCGAAAUUGAGGAUCUACAAGUUGCCGCAGGAAAAUUUGACGUUGUCGUCAACGAAUGAUAGCGACGGGGACAUACCAGAUGAGGAAGAUGAAAAGAGAAUCAGAAUAUCGGUCUAUUAUUACACGAGAGCCUUGAAAAAACAUCGAGCAAGGAAACGUUUGAUGGAUUCUGUGAUGACGCCAUUAACGAGCGUAGGAACUCAUUUGGCCUUAGACAUACGACAGGGACUUAAAUUUUGGAGAGUAGAUCCAAGAAGUCCAUAUGCUAACACGGGCAAUUACGGUCUGGUAAUUCAGGUGGAAGAUCAGGACGGUAAACCGCUCAAACCGGCCCUUUACAUUCAGGAGCCGUCUUGUCCGAAUGGCGACGACGUUCAGAAGGCAUGCAACCACUUACCUGCACUUUUCAUCCGAGCCUGUACUCGUUACGUUCGCGUCGUAAACGGCGAAACGGUCACGUACAUGAAUUGCAGGCACUAAAGGUGCCGGCGAGUAGAGUCAGGCGAUAGUAGAGGGUUGAUGAUCGCGAUGGUUCAAGAAGAAAAGAAGGAAGAGAAGAAGAAGCAGAAUGGAAGAAGAAGCAGAAGAAAAGAAGGAGCAGCAGAAACAAAAGGAGGAGAAAAUGAGAAAACGAAAAAAUAGAAUUAAAACAAACGUUUACAUUGUGUAAAUGUUAGGCAGAUGUAAAUUUUCAACUGCAUUCACUUUCACCCCCUCCCCCUUCACCACCCAACCGACCCACCGUCACCCACACACACACGCACACACAUUUCAUAUUUUUGUAAAUGAUUGAACUUUCAAUUUAGGGUAUUACACAUAUAUAUUUUUUGAUACCAGUUUAGAGUUCGAAAGGGAUUGUAUGAGACUGACGUACCUACGUAGCGAUUAAGUUGUUAAGAAGAGAUUAAACAAAACAGGAUAAACAAAGAACAACCAAAAAAAGAAAAAAAAGCAAUAGAAAAUUGCAAAGUUACGUUUGCGUAC